AUGCCAUCCCGGCCUCCCUCUGUCUCUGAGGACACGGUGGAGGCUAGUGCCAUUGCCAUGGCUGAUGAGAUGGAGAGGGUCCGUGACCUCCCUGGUGAUGACAACGACGACGACAUGGGCGACGAAGAGGUAGAAGAGCUCUUCGGCCGUGGAGCUGUACCUGGUGGAGCUGGCGCAGAGGACCCCAUUGACCUUGAUGGUGACGAAGGUGGUGGUGCAGAAGAAGACGGUGAGAACGCCGACGACGACCAGGACCAGGUAUCACGCCCCUCUACCUCUGAUGUGUGGCAAGAUUUCCAGAAGCUCUUCAAAAUGGGUCCCAAAGGUCCUGGUUUCAACGAAUUUUCACUAGAAGUACAUCAUGGAGGUUCUUUCUGUGGUCGUGGUGCUAACAGAACUUAUGUAGACGGUAAAGUGACAUGGUAUGACAACUUGGAAGUAGAGUUCUGGUGCUAUGUGUGGAUAGAGGACCUGGUCUUGCAGCUAGAUUAUGGCCUGACUGACAAUUACGCAGGGGUUACUGACUGGGAUGAUGUAGUGUUGAACCCAACUUCUGAGUUACCCAAGGUUGUCAGCCCUGUGAAGGUCAUUCAUGUUGAGAAGCAGUCUAGGGAUAAACUACCAGAGUUCUAUAGUAACAUAGAGGUUGCAAGCCAUGGUAAUGCUGCUGCAGACAUGUCUGAUGAUGACAGUGAAGAUUCAAAUUACAUUGACAGUGACUAUGACUUAGAAGAUGGUGAUGAUGACUUGUUUGCGGACAAUGUUGAUGAAGAAGUCAUAGAUGGGGGUGCAGGAAGGGGAAAGAAGAUGAGCAAGGGCAACAAGCCAUCAGCAGGCCCAUCUGUUCCCACCCAAUCAGAAGACAGUACUGAUGAAGACUUUGAUUUUGAUGGUGAGUCAGAUGGUGAAAGGGAAAUGAAGUUGAAAUUCAGAUCUUUCAACCCUGAUGACCUGGUGAACCCAACUUGUAGAACUAGUGUGCUCACUCGGAGGAAUUUUAGAUGCAUUCAAGGUAGACAUGGUUGA